UCUACCUAACUAUAUAAUCAAUGAUAUAACCAACAACACUUAAAAGCAUCAAGUUAUUUACAUUUAUUUCCAUAUAAUACUUUAUGGAUAAUUAAAAUAAAGCUAUAUAUUAUAUUUAAAUUAUUUUUAGUUUAAAUGUGACAAAAGUGUGAAAAAAAAGACGAAACACAAAUUUCAAAAUGAGUCAAGUAUUUGAGCCCAUGGAGGUUGAAGAAGAUGCUUCCAAUUUUGAUGAUUUAAUUGAAAGUGAAUUAAUAAGUAAUUCAGCAUCACCAACUUCGAGAGAAGUCGAGAAUCAACCGGAAGCAAGAUAUGAAAAUAGAGCUGGUGCCUUUUUAACUGGAAUAGACAUUUUUAGCGAUGAGGGAAAGCAAAAAAUUGAAGAACGUGCUAAACGAUUUGGAUUAAAUGAUAAACAAAUUUUUUCGCGUUUACAAGAGUAUCAAGAUUUGUAUAAUAGCAUGGGAAUAACGGAAGAAAAUGAAAAUACAAAAAAUUUCCGUCUCAAUGUCUUGCAUAUAAGAGGAACUGAUGAAAUGAGUACAAAAGAUGUAUUUAAAUAUUUUGAAGAUUAUGCUCCCGCUUCUUUAGAAUGGAUCAAUGAUGUUUCGUGCAAUGUUGUUUGGUUAGAUUCUGCAUCGGCCGCAAGGGCUUUAGUUGGUUUGUCAAAAAAAAUAAUAGGAAUAAGCAAUCGAAAUUUACCCGAAACGGUCACAUCUAAUGAAACAAAUGCCGAUUGUCCCACUAAAGAGGAUGAAGAAAAUUUCGAUGAAUACAAUAAUUUAAAAAGUUCGAACGACACUGAAAUUCAUUUGAAGGAUAUUGAUUAUCCUCUACCGCCCGGAAUUUGGAGAAAGGGAAUUAUUAAUUCAAAAUCAAAGGAUAUUUUCAUGAGAUUCGCCACUAAAAGUGAUAAGAAACAACCACGCGCUGAAAAAAUGAGCGAAUAUUACAAGAAAUAUGGAAAUCCCAACUUUGGAGGUGUUAAGGGAAUUUUAACGGAAUCGAGAAAACGAACGUACAGACAAACAACACAGAGUAAAAAGAAAGUGAAAGGUCAUUCGUCUGAUGAAGAGAUGAAAGCAAAUGUGAAAAAGAAUCCAUGGGGUGAUUUGUCGCAAAAUUGGGGUGUCGGCGACACUGUUGAGGAGGAUUUUAUUCGCAAACAACCAUUCGUAGAGCAGUCGUCGCAUAUCAAAGAGAGAUUGGGUUUGAAAACAACAAGACAGCAAGAGCAAUUGCCCGAAUCGGAAGAAUCAGAUGAAAGUGAAUCUUGCAGUGACAGUGAGGAGGAAUGGUUCACAAAAAGUAAAAUACCACGAAUGCGAAUGCGUGCCGAUGAUGAGGAGGCGAAAGUUAAAAAACGUCGUCAUCAACAACGCAUACAGGAGGUCCAUAAUGUUCAAAGUGACCUAAGAUCGAGACUCGGUAAAGUGAAAAAGGAACCUGUACGAGAUGCGAUUCAGAUUGUAAUUACGAAUUAUGAAAAUACAAGAGCACAUCUCUCGGAGGAAGAGGAAGGUGAAAUUCUCGAGUCUGAGGGUGAGGAACAAGAGGUUGAAAAUAUUGCUGAAGAGCAAGAGGAAGGUGAAGUUGAAGAUGUAGUGGAGGAGAAUGAGGAGGACGAGGAAACUGAAAAGGAGGACGGCGAAGAAAGCGAUAAUGAUGAAAACGAUGAUGAAGAAGGAGAGGAAGAAGAAGAAGAAGAAGAUGAUGAAAUAUCCGAGAAAGAAGUGAGAGGUCCAAAAGGAAGUGUAAUCAAGGUUGUGCCACGUAAACCACAAAUUGCAUCCACUGUUUGGACUAGAUUACAUCGUACCGCUGUUAAAAGUGAAGUAAAAGCCGUAAACAACAGUUCAAGACAAACGCCAAGAAGGGACUUGAGAGAAACAUUAAGGGGCGAUUUAAGAUCCCGACUCGGCAGUCAUUCGAGAACAAAAGGCCGUUCACCAUUGAGAAUAGAAGUGAAAAAUGAUAAAUGCGCUGAGGAUAACAGUUGUUCAGAUUAAAUUUACUUAUUAUAGGAAUUUAAUAAAUUUAUCCCGUUUCUUCCUUCUUUUAAAAUUAACAAUUUUUGGGUUUUUUCCAAUUUAUAAAUAACAGUUUUUCUUUUCUUUACAAUAUAAUUCAUGCUAUGCAUCUUUAACUUGUAUCAACCGAUGGAAAUUUUCUUGUAAACAAUUUCUUACCAUUUCAUCCACAUAAUCUACAGAUAUGUAAUGAUAAUAAUAAUAAUGUAAAAAUGUACUUUCUACAAAAAUGUCAAAAAAAAAUAUACAUACAAUAGUUAUA